UCAGGAAGAGAAGGAGGAGGAGGAAAUAAAUCCUCCUGAGAUGUGGCCGGUAAAGCUAAGUGACGGAGAGAGGAGGAGACAGAAGACAGGUGGAGAAGGAGUGAUAUGAAAGGAAGAGAGAGAGAGCGAGAGAGAGAGAGAGAAAACUGGUCAAAUAUUAGCUAGAGAAGUGACAGAGAUCAAAUCAGUGGGUGCAUUUUAUCUUGUGCAUGGCAUCUCUUCACGCUGGGCCUUGAGAGGUUCUUUGAUUUCCCUGCCAACUUCAAUCCGGCUCACAGACCACCUCAGCAACAAUGCAGCAGCUCUGGCUUCCUCUGCUGUGCGGCCUCUGCCUCCUCCUGGCUUUCCUGUGCAGCGCCGAGGAAGGUCUCGAGUUCCCCAACUUCGAUGGGAAGGACAGGGUGCUGGACAUGAACGAGCGCAACUACAGGAAGGCUCUGAAGAGGUACGACCUGCUGUGUCUGUUCUACCACGAGCCCCUGCCGGCCAACAAGGGUCUGCAGAAGCGCUUCCAGAUGACAGAGCUGGUGCUGGAGCUCACAGCUCAGGUCCUGGAGAACAAAGACAUAGGUUUUGGGAUGGUGGACUCCCAGAGGGACGUCAAAGUCGCCAGGAAACUGGGUCUGGAGGAGGUGGGCAGCUUGUACGUUUUCAAGGACGACCGUGUCAUUGAGUUUGACGGCGAGCUCUCAGCGGACACGCUGGUGGAGUUCCUGCUGGAUGUGUUGGAGGACCCAGUGGAAAUGAUCAACACCGCCAUGGAGCUGCGAGCCUUCGAGAGAAUGGAGGAGGACAUCCGCCUCAUUGGAUACUUUAAGGGAGAAGAUUCAUACUAUAAAGCUUUCCAGGAGGCAUCAGAGCGUUUUCAACCUUACAUCAAGUUCUUUGCUACAUUUGAUAAAUCUGUAGCCAAACAUCUGUCCCUCAAGAUGAACGAGGUGAAUUUCUAUGAGCCGUUUAUGGAGGAGCCUGCCAUCCUGCCCGGCAGACCCCUGUCAGAGAUGGACAUCGUCGAGUUUGUCACCCAACACAGAAGGGCCACGCUGAGGAAGCUCCGGGCAGAGAAUAUGUUUGAGACAUGGGAAGACGACAUGGACGGAAUACAUAUCGUUGCGUUUGCUGAGGAAGAAGAUCCAGACGGCUACGAGUUCCUGGAGAUCCUGAAAGACGUGGCCAGAGACAACACCAACAACCCAGAGCUCAGCAUAGUCUGGAUCGAUCCGGAUGACUUCCCUCUGCUGACCACUUACUGGGAGAAAACCUUCAAGUUGGACCUGUUUCGACCUCAAAUUGGUGUCGUCAACGUAACAGAUGCCGACAGCGUGUGGCUGGACAUGUCCAACGACGAGGACUUGCCCACUGCGGAGGAGCUGGAGGACUGGAUAGAGGACGUCUUGUCGGGGAGGGUGAACACCGAGGACGACGAUGAGUCAGCCGAUGACCAGGAAAACCCUGACAGCUACAUCACGGAGGAUAGCGACGGAAGUCACGACCAAGACGACGAUGACGACGGUGAUGACUAAACUGAAUGUCUCGGGCUCGGCACAUUAGAAACAGAUUGUUGACUCAUUCAAAUGUUCUCAUUUCAAAGACGUGAAAUUGAAAAAAGAAAAGUGAAGUAAUUUAAUGUCUCCCAAAAAUACAAAAUCUAGAGAAGUAGGCUGGAGUUUAAUUAGUUAGAUAAAACAGAGCUGAUUAAAGGUCAUCGUGGCCCAGUUUAUAACAAAGUUAGCCGGGAGCAGUGAUUCUCCUAAAGUCACAGAGGAUGGAGAUAUCAGCAAAAUAAAGUUUCAUGUAAGUUAAAGCUGCAAUAAUCCAUUUUGUCAACACAACUACUGGCCAAUGUUGUUGCUUAUUCACCCUUAGACACAACAUUAGCAUUUAUUGGGUGUUUAUUAAAAAAACCAAAACAAAGAGCUGAAAGAUGCAUGAAAAAAGCUGAACCGGGUGUGAUCACUUCUUCAUAUAAAAAUAAUGAUUAUAGCAGCUUUAAGGUUGAAAUAAAGGAUUCAGUAGUUAAUAUAAGGAAUUCUGCUGGUGUGUGUUUAUGUGAAAAUAAAAGACAAAUGUUUUGGUUCUAAAUAGAAUAGCACUUGAAUUGUUGUUUUCUCGUGAUUAAAUUAAGGGCAAAUAAAAAUUGAACACUUCUAUAUAUUAAAUAGUAACAAUCUAAUACAAACCUGCAUUAAAGGAAAGUAAUAAAAGCACUUUUUGAAUGUAGACUUGGUGCAAAUUUUCACAAUGUAAAACAAGAGUUAAUAAAAGUACAUGACUACAA